AUGGCUAUCUCAUUGCAACUACUCUUCUUACCAAUAUCAUUCCUGUUGAUGAUAUCUCUGAUAAGGUUUUCGCAAGCUGCUGGAAUUGCCACCUACUGGGGCCAAACCACUGCGGAAGGAAGCCUGGUAGACACAUGUCGUAAAGGUACCUAUGACUACGUGAAUAUUGCCUUUCUGAUCAAUUAUGGCGGUGGCCAAACACCGCAAUUGAACAUAGCUGGGCAUUCCUUAAACAGUUCCGAAAUAGAAACUUGCCAAGGCCUAGGCAUCAAAGUGUUUCUUUCUCUCGGUGGAGCCGCUAACCUUUCUUCUUCCGAUGAUGCUCAGCAAGUCGCCUCCUAUAUCUGGAACGAAUUCUUAGGUGGUAAUGAAUCAGACUCUCGUCCAUUAGGCAAUGCUGUUUUAGAUGGUGUAGAUUUUCAUAUCCAAGCUGGAAAGGCGGAUUACUUGGCUGACCUUGUUCAGGCGCUCUCAAAAUAUAACACACCAGAGAGGAAGCUGGUGUAUUUAUCGGCAGCACCAGAAUGUUUCAUUCCUGACUAUUUUCUGGACGCUGCUAUCAAAACUGGCCAUUUUGAUUACGUGUGGGUGGAAUUUUUUGACAAUCCUCCUUGUGAGUAUACACCAGGCAAUACCAGUGCCCUCUUCGACAGUUGGGACCGCUGGGCUUCCUAUCCAGGCAUUAAUACAUUAUUCCUGGGUGUACCUGCAGACCCUGCAGUCUCACCUAGUGGUGGUUACAUCCCACCGCAAGUGCUAAUUGAUGAGGUUCUUCCCUUUGUGCAGAACUACUCCAAUUAUGGAGGGGUCAUGGUUUGGGACCAGAGAAAUUUCUAA